CGCUGACGUCUGGGCCCCGUUUUUUUCAUCUCACCAGUCUAUUCAAGAUGAAGUUCUCGCUCCUGACCCUUGGCGCCCUCGCCUUCUCUGCGCAGCAGGCAUCGAUCGUUCGAGGCGAUAAUCAAGGCACUGGUCAGGACACUCAAAAGGACGUUUGCAGUGCGAAUAAGUCACUCAGCUUCAAUAUUACCCAAGCUGGUCAGUCUGUCGUUUUCACGUGUGGUACUGACCGUCGCGACUCUGGAUCCAACAUUCAACUCCACCUUCCCAGAAAUGUAUGAGGGGAACAGUAAAGUCAGAAUUCUCGAAUUCCUUCCUGGCGCAACACUCCAAGAAGUCAAAUCGGAACCGGAAUCGGCGAGGAAUAAUGAUAGUGAGAAGACGUACAACUUCACAGUCCCCAUCUUGCCCUCUGACGAGCAUCAGCUCCAUGUCAACUGUACUGCCUCUGAAGCAAAAAGGCAAGGCGAGAGCACCAACAAGGACUGCAAGGUUAGCUUCUACAUCGCUUCCUCGGCUGUCCGCGCCGGUCUGGCCAUGAGCGCCGUCGUCGGUGUCGUUGCAUCUCUCCUUCAGUUCGCUUAA